GCACUCGCCAAACGUGCAACUGCAUCAAGCAACGUCGGGCAGGCCCGAGGUUCCAAAGCGAUCGGGGUUAGAAACCAUCAAUGGCUGCUAUUCCUCAAAGCAAAAACAUCAGUCAUGACGGCUCCUCCUAAUAGCGCGGCGCAAUAUCGCGAAAAGCCCAGCAAAGAGGCGCGAGGGCCGGCUCCUUCGGCCGAGAAAGGAAGCGAUUCAAGGUUGGGGGAGCAACUCUCGGACAGUCUACUUGCCGGCCUGAUACCCGGCCUGAUCCUGCUUCAUCUUGUCGUCGCCCCCUACACCAAGGUUGAGGAGUCCUUCAACAUCCAAGCAGCCCAUGAUGUGCUUGUGUACGGCACGCCGACGUCCGACGUCUACCAGAGGCUGUCCAGGACCUAUGACCACUUCACUUUUCCCGGUGCCGUGCCCCGCACCUUUGUCGGCCCGGUGCUGCUGGCCGGGCUCGCCCAGCCCAUCAUCGCUCUGGUCGGGUUCCAGCACGCCCAGUUCGUCGUGAGAGCCAUGCUUGGCCUCUUCAACGCCGCCUGUCUCCUCGUCUUUGCUCGGAACCUCAGGCGCGCAUACGGCGCCGGGACUGCAAGAUGGUACCUGCUCCUGCAAGCGAGCCAGUUCCACGUCAUAUUCUACGCCUCGCGCACCCUGCCCAACAUGUUCGCCUUUGGCCUGACAACUCUGGCCUUUGCCUUCUUGCUCCCGCAUCCCACCAACCCCAAACUCACCGUGUACCGCCAGCGCAUCUCCAUCGCCCUCCUGGUCUUCGCGGCCACCAUCUUCCGGGCCGAGGUCGCCCUCCUCCUCGCCACCACCGUCCUCCACCAGCUGCUCAUCCCCGCCCUCGCCCUCGAGCGCGUCCUCUUCCCCUUCGCCGUCUCCUUCCUGACCGCCCUGGCCGUCUCGGUCCCGAUCGACACCUACUUCUGGCAGGCCCCGCGCCCGCUCUGGCCCGAGCUCUCCGCCUUCCUCUUCAACGUCGUCCGCGGCGGCGCCUCCGGCUGGGGCGUCUCGCCCUGGCACUGGUACGCCACCUCGGCCCUGCCGCGCCUGCUGCUCAACCCGCUCGCCUACGCCGUCCUGCUACCCCGCGCGCUCGCCGAUCCGGCCCUGCGCCGCGCCGCCUCCCGCCUCGCCGCCCCCGCCGCCGCCUUCGUCGCCCUCUACUCGGCCCAGCCGCACAAGGAGACCCGCUUCGUCCUCUACGCCGUCCCGCCCCUGACCGCCGCCGCGGCGCUGGCCGCCAGCGCCCUGUUCCGGCGCAGGCGCAAGGGCCCGCUCGCCGCGCUGGUCGUCGCCGCCUUGGUCGCCUCCGUCCUGGCCUCCUUCGCCGCCAGCACCGCCAUGCUCGCCGUCUCGGCCCUCAAUUACCCCGGCGGCGAGGCCCUCGCCUUCCUCAGGCGAUCCGUCGCGGACUCGGCGGGGCCGGCGGACGACACCGCCGCCCCGGCCGUCGUCUCGGUCCACGCCGACGUCUUGGCUUGCAUGACGGGAGUCACGCUCUUCGGCACCAACGCGGAUGCUCCCACCGCCGCCGCCGCCGCCGCAGCAGCAGCAGCGGUGCCUCCAAUCUCGGGAGCGAGCAGUGGUGGUGGUGUUGUUGGUUCGUCCGGCGGUGCUGCGGAACCCGUCAUGGUUCACCAACGCGUCGGAACAACCACAACAACCGGGGACCGAAGCCGGGUGCGGCUCGUGGUGGACAAGACGGAGGACGCCGCCGUCUUGUCGAGCGCGGACUUCUGGGCCCGGUUCGACUUCCUCCUCGUCGAAGACCCCCGCAAAGUGCUCGGCGGACCGUGGGAGACGGUCGCCGUCGUCAAGGGGUACGGCGGGAUCGAGGUUGUUCGACCCGGUACCAAGGAAAAGGAGGAGGAGGAGGAGGAGGCAAAGGAGGAGAGUGGGGACAGCAUCGAGCGGAAGACGCCCAGGGUCGUGGGACUGGGGGAGACGGUCGCCCUGUGGAAGCGGCGGGUCAGGGACCUGACUGGAGGGUGGUGGGUCGGCCCGAAGAUGGUGGACAGGAUAUACAUCCUCAGGAGGUUGAAGGAUAGGGAUUCGCCGAGGACGCGAAUCGCCGUUGACGCAAAGUAGGCCAGUCAAGUCACUGUGCCAUUAUGUAGUAGUACAGACAGACAAAACUCCGCGCCAGAGGCCGCGUUUUUUUUAGUGACAUCGCAGCGAUUCCAAAAUUAGCGCCAUGAAUAUCAACAACGAGCUGCUCUUCUUGAUUAACAUGACGCGCGCCAGGGACCGCUUCAGUUUCAAGAGGUCGACGACCAAAAUGG